AUGGACCCCGGAUCCCACAGUGAAGCAGGGCCUUCUAUUCCUCCGAGCCGGUUGGAAGGUCCCAGCAACAAUGACACCGGCACCGCGAGAAAGAAGAGGCCAGUGAGACGGGACCCAGAGAAGAGGCGUCAGCAGAACAUUCAGGCCCAGAAGAAGUACAGAGAAAAACUGAAGCAGCGCCUCGAUCACCUCGAGACUCUUGCAGCCUCCGUCCGCGACAAUGCGGGAGUAAGCUCGGAAACCACACCUGAAGCGGACACAAGUUUGGCUCUUUUGCCUCGAAGUAGCCCAUCAGAUAGCACCACUUCCAACUCGUAUUGCGCCUAUCAUGGGUUACAGCAGAAAGACGGCCUUGAUUCCUUCGAUUUCUUUGUUGACUUCUCCGGUCCCACUCCUUCUUCUUCCGAUCCCACUGCCUCUUCAGAUACCGCGCUCUGGGAUUCGACCACCUCGUUAGACCUCUCUCAUCUCAUCCACAAGAAAGACACCACUUCUAGGUCACACUACUGGGUCGGCUUGAUCGACUGCGGCUGUGUGAGACCCCAUUUCCUAGUGAGCUCCGAGACGACAAGGGACUGGGGGGACAUGAAGGUGUUGAGUAUCGGGCCAAGCUCCUGCACACCUGACCCCUAUAUGAAUACGCUACGGGUCGAGCGCAUAUGCAACCUCGAAGCAAUUAUGUCCAAUUGCUUACAGAUCGGCAUCACGGAAGAGACGUUUUGCGGUGCAAAUGCCAUCUCCCCGUUCUUCCGGCCCAGGGGCAACAAGGCAGUCAACAGCCCCGGGUCUGAUACCACGGUCAUGACGGUCCAGAGCAUCUUCAAGACGCUGAAGCCGGAUGUGAGGCCGAUCAAGGAACAAAUCACCAUGAUGCACCGUCCUAUGAUUGACGUCCUUCCGUUCCCAACGUUCCGGAAGAACCUUAUAUACAGUGGUGACGCCGUCCACGAGGAGGAGCUCUACCAUGACUUGCUCAACGGGCUGGUAUGUUGGGGAGGAGCAGGAGUCGGGAAGAAGGACAGAGAUGCCUCGACGGGUCACGUAUCGACUGGCACGCCGUGGGAUAGCAGGAGCUGGGAAGCAAGACCGUGGUUCCUGCAGAAAUACUGGGCUCUCCUUGGCGGCGAAGAUGGAGAGUUGGUGAAACAGAGCGAGUGGUGGCGAAACAUGAGAGGAGAGGAGGUCGAUCUAUGGCUGGGCUCCUAG